GAAAGGUGGCUGGUCAGCCAAAAGAAUCUUCCAACUACACAUAUACAGACAACCUUUGUUCAGGUCAAUCUUUCUCAACUCUUUAAGAUUAUUCUUACUUAGCCAACCACUCCGUGGCUCAUCAGAAACUUCUUCUGUUUUUGUUUUUUUGUUUUUUUUUUGUUUUCUAUACCCUUUACUGUUCUCUUUUCUUUAAUCUCAUUCAUUCAAAUUCUCCUCCAUUCUUGAAUUCUGUUACCAGAUUUCAUUUUCAACUCCAAGAAUGGUCACUUGUAUGAGUGUUUUCUUUUGGUUCGUGUUUCUUUUGAGUCUUUCUUGUUACUCUUCAUUCUGUUUAGCCGCUGAUAGAUUUACAUCAGGAGAGAUUCUAAGAGAUGGUGAUAACAUCACUUCUAAAGGAGGGAAUUUUGUUAUGGGGUUCUUUAGUCCUAUGGGUACUAGUAAAAGGUAUCUUGGUAUAUGGUAUGGAGAUGUAACAGUAAAGACAGUUGUUUGGGUUGCCAACAGGGAGAAGCCUGUCCAUGAUAAAAAUGGUACGUAUUCAAUUGACAAGAUUGGGAAUUUGGUUGUUAAAAAUGGACAUGGGAAUUUGCUUUGGUCGUCUAAUGUUUCUGUCGAAACAAGGAAUUCUACGGCUUGUCUAAAUGAUGAUGGCAAUCUUGUCAUGCUUAACAACGACAGGGAUGCUACGAGGCUAAAUCGCGUCUUGUGGGAGAGCUUCUUGAAUCCUACAGACACCUUUUUGCCUGGAAUGAGAGUUUUCAUAGAAACACAAGGCGAAGAGCGCAGAGUUUUCAGUUCUUGGAGAAAUGAGAGUGACCCUUCACCUGGAAGGUAUAGAAUGGGGGUUGAUCCUCGUGGAGCACCUCAGAUUGUUAUCUGGAAUGGACAGGAUAGACGAUGGAGGAGUGGAUAUUUUGAUGGAGUGGAAUUCACUGGUGUUCCAAAUGUGACUAGAUCUACUUUCUUUUCUGGUUUCAAAAUUAAUAACGAGGAUGACGGUAGAUUGUCCUUCAUUUAUGCUGUCUCAAAUAUAUCUUCUUUUGUGAGGUUCCAGAUUACCGUGACUGGAAAUGAACUGCAACAGAGGUGGAACAAAGACAAGAGGCAAUGGAACACGUUACAAUCUAGGCCAGUGGGUGGUUGUGACUUGUAUAACUUUUGUGGUAAUUUCGCGAAAUGUGAUAAAGAAGAAUGCUUUUGUCUAGAAGGAUUUGAACCACGUGUUCCACAGCAGUGGCAUGCUGGGAAUCGGAAAGGAGGAUGUGUUAGGAAGACAGAAUUGCAAUGCAGGAGCAAUAGCAAUGUUGCGAGGAAUGAUAGUGCAAAAAGUGAUGGAUUAUGGGCUCUUCAGAAUGUUAAACUGCCUGAUUAUGCAGAUAUUGCAAAUGUAAACAUAGAAGAGUGCAAAACCAAGUGCCUGAACGCUUGCUCCUGCAAUGCUUAUGCUUUUGUAAGAGGAAUCAAUUGCAUGACAUGGCGUGAUGAACUAGUUGAUAUAGAGCAUUUUGAGGAAGGUGGGAACACUCUUUACGUUCGUCUUGAUCCUUCUGAAUUUGGUAAGAAAACUAGGACUAUUAAGAUUGUUGUAAUCUCAGCUCUAGUACCUCUGGCUAUCGCUGUUAUGGUGGCUGUUUGGCUAGUAUGUAGGUACAGGGCCAGAAAACGAGAAUCCAAGAGGACCAAUGAAAUUCCCAAAAAUCAUGUGGUUAAGAGUGGAGAGUUCUCGGAAGUCUCUGAACCAUGCGACCUCAAUGCUGAAGGGCAUCAAGGAAAUGGUUCAGAAUUACCAUUUUUCAGCUUUAGCAUGGUGGCCACAGCUACUGACGACUUCUCUCUUGCAAACAAGCUUGGGCAAGGGGGAUUUGGCCCCGUUUACAAGGGAAGGCUGCCUUGUGGUCAAGAAGUUGCUGUAAAAAGGCUUUCACAAAAGUCUGGACAAGGUGAUGAGCAGUUCAAGAACGAGAUCACUCUAAUAGCAAAAUUACAACAUAGAAAUCUUGUUAGACUUGUGGGUUGCUGUGUUGAAGGAGAAGAAAAAAUGCUGAUUUAUGAGUACAUGCCCAACAAAAGCUUAGAUACAUUUCUAUUUGUUACUGCUAGGAAAACCCAGUUAAACUGGAGAAAACGCUUCAACAUUAUCGAAGGAAUUGCCCGAGGAUUACUGUAUCUCCAUAGAGAUUCAAGGCUUAGAAUAAUCCAUAGGGAUCUAAAGGCUAGUAACAUUCUGUUGGAUGAAGAGAUGAACCCAAAAAUCUCAGACUUCGGAAUGGCCAGAAUAUUUGGAGGAAACCAAAAUGAAGCAAAUACAAAUAGGGUCGUAGGAACAUAUGGAUAUAUGGCUCCUGAGUAUGCAAUGGAAGGACUGUUCUCUGGCAAGUCUGAUGUCUACAGCUUUGGCAUACUAUUGCUUGAAAUUAUAUGUGGGCGUAGAAAUACAGGCUUUCGGACAGAGGAGCAUUCAGGCAUCAUUGGAUACGCUUGGGAGAAGUGGCAUGAAGGUAGUCCACUGGACCUAGUGGAUCGUUCGAUUUGGGAUGGUUGUCAACAAGAUGAAGCAUUGAGAUGUAUACACUUGGCAUUGCUUUGUGUUCAGGAUUUUGCCGUUCACAGACCAAACAUGUCUUCUGUGGUUUUGAUGUUGGAAACUGACAAGGUAAGGUUGCCCUUGCCUAGGCAACCUACUUAUACGUCAAUGAGUAGAUCUGUGGAUCAAGAUGUAUGGCAUGGGAAUCAGGAUUUGCCAUCUUCCAACAAUGUCACAGUUAGUGUACUAAUAGGUAGAUGAUUGGUUAAUGCUUGUUCCGUCUUCAUACCUGAUUCAUGUGAAGAGAAUGGGUUCAAGUAUCGUAACUAUGUUCAAGUUAUACUUGGAACUAUGCUCAUAAUGUUUUGCUAGCUUGGUAAACUUUAGCACAUCAUGUGUAUGCUAAUUAGUAGGUGGUUCAGCUCUGCAAGCUGAAAGAGAGAUAUGUCACAACUUGUUCAAUCAGUAUGCAUGGCUGAAGUUUUUUCCUUUA